UUUUAAUGCCCUAUUAUACUGUUUCUCUCUCUAGAAUCACACACACACUUUUACACUUUCCCUCUCCUGCCCCCAUUCCUCUUCAGUCAGUUACCACCACCACCACCACCACACCAAACUCACUCUCUCUUCAAAAACCGUUUCCUCUCCCAAACCACUCUCUCUCUCUCUCUCUCUCUCUCUCCCUCCAUGAAGAACUCACACACUUCACACUCCCCUCGCCUCCCACCACUCCACAACGCUAUUUAGCCCUCACACUCACCAAAACAAAACGAAAAAGACACAACAAUCUCCAUUUUCAGUUUCAUUUUGGUGUUACACUUCUUUGUCAUUUAAUUCUAAUGGAGAAGAAACAAGGCUUCUUCUCUGCUCUGAAAGACGAGGUGGUGCGCGGCCUCUCGCCGUCGCGGUCUAGAGGGAGCAGCCCGGCGAGGGCGAGGGGGAGGUCGGCGUCGCCCAUCUCGGGGCUUCUCCGGCGGAAGAAGAGCGGCCACAGCCUCGCGGCGCCGCCGGAGGCACUGAUCGCGAGAUCCGGCAGCCUCAGGCCGCUGGGGGAAGCGCUGGCGCCGCUCAUGGAGGGCCCGGAUCCGGACGGCGGAGACGUCGGUGAUUCGAAGCGGGUCGGGUCAGGGCUGGGGCAGUGGAUGAGAGGACAGCUCUCUAGGGCUCCGUCCAUGGCGUAUAGGAGGUCUGAUCUUAGGCUGUUGUUGGGGGUCAUGGGAGCUUCUCUCGCUCCUGUCCAUGUUAGCUCCAAUGACCCUUUGCCUCAUCUUAGCAUCAAGGACACUCCUAUUGAAACUUCAUCUGCUCAGUACAUCUUGCAGCAAUAUACAGCAGCUUCUGGUGGGCAGAAGCUGCAGAACUCGAUACGAAAUGCAUAUGCGAUGGGAAAGCUUAGGAUGGUAGCUUCCGAAUUUGAGACUGCCACAAAGGUGAUGAAGAACAGGAACGCCUCGCGAUGUGCCGAGUCUGGUGGCUUUGUGCUCUGGCAGAUGAAUCCAGACAUGUGGUAUGUCGAGCUUGCUGUUGGGGGUAGUAAAGUUCAUGCAGGAUGCAAUGGUAAACUUGUUUGGAGGCAUACACCCUGGCUCGGUGCCCACACUGCCAAAGGACCCGUGAGACCCUUGCGGCGCGCACUUCAGGGUCUUGAUCCAAGAACAACAGCUAGUAUGUUUUCCGAUGCAAGAUGCAUAGGAGAGAAGAAGAUCAACGGUGAGGAUUGCUUCAUCCUUAAGCUCUGUGCUGAUCCCCAAACUUUGAAGGCGAGAAGUGAAGGCCCUGCUGAAAUCAUAAGGCACGUCUUGUUUGGCUACUUCAGCCAGAAGACAGGACUUCUUGUGCACAUAGAGGAUUCCCAUUUGACUCGUAUCCAGUCCAAUGGCGGUGAUGCAGUUUACUGGGAAACCACUAUUAAUUCGUUCCUUGAGGAUUACAGGCCUGUUGAAGGGAUCAUGAUUGCCCACUCGGGGCGUUCUGUGGUAAAUCUUUUCAGGUUCGGUGAGAUGGCAAUGAGCCAUACCAAAACAAAGAUGGAAGAAGCAUGGACAAUUGAAGAAGUCGCGUUCAAUGUUCCAGGCCUGUCUAUGGACUGCUUCAUUCCUCCGGCUGACUUAAGAUCAGGGGUGAUUGACGAAACCUGUGAGCUGCCGCAGGAUGAAAGAGGAAAGGGUGCCGUUUCAAUAGCAUCACAUCGAGCCAAAGUCGUCGCACUGGAGAAAGCACAUGACGGUAAUAUGGAUAACUUGAUUUGGAAGAUGGAAGUUUAACAGAUGGUAGGAUCCUUGGAAUAGGGCAAUUGUUUAUACUAGUAGAAAGUUUUAGUCAACUUACACUUUAGGAGUUGUGAAGUAGGAGGUCAGUCAGAAUUUUUCUUGACGUUGGUUAUGCCUCUAUUAAUCUGUAAAUAGAGCAUAAUUGUUCACAGGUUUAAACCCAAAGCCUGGAUGAAUCCUUAUACUCUCGAUGCAGAAUCAACAACGGAGUUGGAGCUCGGUUUUCCAGUUAGGGAUUAGAGCAAAUGGAGGUUUAGUUUCUAGUUUUCCUUCCGCGAACAAUGGAAGGUGGUGGAGUUCUUCUGGUAUAAUAUCAACCUUUUCUUUAACCUUACAUAGUUUCCACUAAUUCUCUUGACUGUAUUCCGGAAUGGCAGUAAAAGGAGACUGCCACUGGCCAGCUUGAGUUUUUUUGAAGCUAAAAUGUUUUCUUAAUUUACCGUGUUUUUGGGUGUGCUAAUCUUGUUUAUGGUUUGUUUGGUUGAUGUAAAACUUUCUUCUGGGUCUGAGGAAAUGGGGCAACAAAAAAAAAAAAAAGGGGAUUGUUUUCUAGGUCUACUGAGGAGGACAGGGUAAAAGGAUGAACUUUUUUUUUUCUUUUCUUUUUAACUAUUGUAACCAACACAUUAGGCGACAUGGGGGUCGCUGGUUGUAUCAUGGCCUUGUCAGUGCUUCUGAUGAAAAUAUGUAAACAAGAAAAAUAUUGUGUCUAUUACAUAUUAAAUGCUCAUGAAUAUGAUGAUGAUGAUGAUGAUGAUGAAUCAACAUCUUUCUCUUAGCUUC